UCACGUGCCGCCGUCCAGCUGAGGACGCUUUUCAUCUGAGGGAGCGGCGCUAAUUGCCGAGCGCGUCAGCAGCCGUGAGCGCAUGGAGCGGAGGGGUGAUUAAAUCAUGCCUUCUGAAUGGAGGCCAGGCAAGCGGCUCCGUUUCUCCGCCCCCCGCCCCCUCACCAAGCCCACCCUGUCUCCUCCGGCGAGCGGCAGUAAGAGGCUCGGCUCCAGCGCCAGUCUCGGCAGCUCGCGCUCCAUGCCAGCGCCACUCGGCCGCGCCGCCGCUCCUGCUCGCUCACACCACAGACUGCACGCCUCGGCAUGGACUGGAACCUCCGGAGGAUGGACAGCGAGCUGAGGGAGAUCAAUCCGGACCUGCUCCAGCCCAGCAAGAGCUUCAAGAAGUCGUCUUCAGCCACCGUCACCCUCAACGUGGGGGGCUACCUGUAUGCCACUCAGAGACAGACGCUGUCCAGGCACCCCGGCUCGCUGCUGGAGGAGGUCGCCAGCGGCAAAAGGCCUGUCCAGCAUGUGGAUUCCAUGGGCAACGCUUUCAUAGACCGGGACGGCCCCGUCUUCCGCCACAUCCUCAACUUCCUGCGCCUAGGCGAGCUGCUGCUGCCCGAGGACUUCAAAGAAGCCGAGCUCCUGAAGCGCGAGGCCCAGUUCUACCGCCUGGAUGACCUGGCCCAGGCAGUGGCGGACUGGGAGCAGCGGCAGGCCGUCCAGCAGGAGACCGCCUUCCUGGAGGUGACCGACAGCCACGAGCGAUCCCAGGGCCUCAAAGUCUACUGCAGUGACCCAACGUUCAUCGAGGCAGUCAAAGGCCGCCUGGUGCAAGUGUCCAAGAGCCGUCUGGACAGUUUCCCAGAGGAAUUCGAGGUCUCGUCCAACAUCAUCCAGUUCCGCCAUUUCAUAAAAUCGGAGAUGGGCUCUCGGCUCGUGCUGAAGGAAGACAGCACCUUCCUGUGCAAGCUGGAGUGCCUGAAGCUGGAGAUCGUCUUGCUGGCUCUCAGGGGCGGCUACCGGCUCCUCACCAACCUGGACAGCAGCAGGGGGUCGGUGGUGCAAUGCGAGGCCCUGCACUUUGUCAAAUGACCUGCCGGGAGCGUUUCUCUGGGCUGCUCAACUGAAAGGCUGACUCCGCCAAGAAAGAUGAAGGUGGUUCUUUUCCUCUUAAGAGAAAACACUUAAUGAUUUCUAGCUUUUCUUUGCUGUUACUGCCCCAAAAGCCUCAGUAUACAAGAAUUGAUGAGUAUUGUGUACCUUCUGCCUGCAUUCAGAUUCGUUUAUGUCGCGCGCACUCUUAGAUUUUAACUUCCAGCUUCCACCUUCCCGCUGUGAGAACAGGCAUGAGGCUUCGUGCAACAGGCUGCUCAAAAAACGCUGUUACUUAUGGCAAUCUUCCUGGCUCUUUUCCCUUAUAAUAAAACCUCCAAAGUACUCAAUGAUCUUGAUAUCAUAAAACAGUAUAUGAAAAAAUUUAACUGGCAUUAUUCGUUGUAUUUGUUCUCCUUCAUACAAAUCCAGGUGCAGGUCGAGAAAACAGUACGAGCAAAUGUUUAAUAAUGCAUGCUUAUAUAAAAGUGGUUGUUCUAACUGGAGCGAUCGUAUGAUUUGUAUUGUGAAGUGACUUACGAUCUGUGUUCUCCUGUAUCUGUGAUUAGGUUUUCCAGAAAAAUAAAAGGUGUAGUAUUAUGGAUGCUA